AUGGCGUGGCCAUGGCUUCGGGCCAAAAAGGAGCGCCACCAAGCAAGCAAACAAGCGCCGACGAGCUCUGUCCCUGCCUGCCUGGGCUUGGCUUGGUUUUGGCUUGGGCUUGGGCUCACCCCCUUCUCCUCCGCUUCCGAAUCUCCCUGGCCCUUUCUUACCCCUGGUAAACCCUCCCUGUUAUCCAGCUCGGACUUUUCUUACCUCAGAACAAGGAAGGUGGAAUCUACCAAGAGAGAACGCAAGUGGAUGAAUGUAACUCAUUCGUCGUCGUCCCGACAUCCCACAUCGAUGAAUGAAGUUAUCCACGGUCUUGUCAAAAGAUCCACAGCUCUGGUUCCGUGCACUUUCGAGCCGCUUGGCCCUAAUUUGCAAUGGCAAAUUUUGCCGCCGGGAAUGCGGCAUCGUCGUGCUCCGAAAGCACCACGUCUCCGAUUUGCAGUGGCCCCGCUGCCAGCUUCCUCGGCUGCAGCAGCAGCAACAACAACAACAGCGAAUGCUGCUCAGUAUCACUGCUCAGUUCGAAGCUCUCGCGGGGGUGAAGUCUCGACCCAGUUUCGGCACCGACCAGACGCAGCCCCGACCAGACGCAGCCCGGAGUGUUUCAGCCAGAGAGGUUCCGAAGAGAUGUAGUGCGUGCCCUCUUCUACGUGCAUGACAACCUAGAAUUCGGUUGAGCUAUGUAGGAGAAUCAGUCGCAGUGGGUACUCUCUGUGGAACUGUUCAAUUUCAACCUCGCUUGUAAUCGCAGAGAAAGUGUAAAUAUUGAUCUUUUACGUCAAACUGCGACAGCAUGAGCUGAGUGAUCUCGUACUCUAGAGGUUCCCAAUUCGUCCCACUAUGUAACCUUUGACACACAUUAGAAUAUCUGUGAGCCUUCGUAUAUUGUGAUCCAAUAAAAGUACAUCUCAUUGUUUCAGAGAA